UUUAGCGAUCAGAAGCAGUACGCAGUUCACUACAGCGGGUGGCGCAAUACAUCCGUAUUAUAUUGUCAAAUAACGGGAUGAACACGGAACUUGUGCUCUUCAGAGAUCUUCAGUGUUCCCUUCGCCUGCAGUCCGAUUUCCCGCAUAAGCAAUGACCGCAGCCUCUGUGCUCUGCUUUUUUCAAUGGCUCGGCCUCAGAAGUGCUUUAGCGUUCCUCGUUGCGUUUUUAACAUUAGGUGCCUUCAUAAAACAAAAAGCCCGUAAAAAUUACCCCCCCGGACCCUGGUCGUUGCCUUUAGUCGGCGAUUUACUUCGUAUCGACUCGUCAAAAACCCACCGUCAGUUUGCCGAGUUUGCCAAGAAAUAUGGAGACAUUUUCAGUCUUCGUUUGGGACAAAACAUCGUUGUUGUGAACGGUUUUAAACUCGUGAAAGAAGCCCUAGUUGAACACGGGGAAAACUUUGCAGAUCGUCCAGUGCUGCCAUUAUUUGAAGAUGUCGUGCAUAACUGCGGUUUGGUGAACUCCAAUGGCUACCUAUGGAAACAACAAAGGAGGUUUGCUCUCUCAACCCUGAAGAACUUUGGACUGGGCAAAAAGAGCCUUGAGUCCUCCAUUCAGGUGGAGAGCACGUUACUGAAUGAGGUCAUAGUCAAUACACAAGGGCAGCCAUUUGACCCUCAGUUCGUCAUGAACAAUGCCGUCUCCAACAUCAUCUGCUGCCUGGUGUUUGGGGAUCGCUUUGACUACAAUGACAGCUACUUCCGAACUCUGCUGAAGAUGAUCAAUGAAGCUCUUUAUUUAGAAGGAAGUAUUUGGUUUCAGAUGUAUAAUAUGUUCCCCUGGUUGAUGCGGAGAAUCCCUGGUCCCCACAAGAAGAUAGUGUCACACUUUGAAACUGUGAUCUCUUUCAUACGGCUGAAAAUUAAAGAGCACCAGGAAGACUGGGACCCAUCGUCUCCUAGAGACUAUAUAGACAGCUUCCUGUCGGAGAUGGAAAAGUGGAAAGAUGAUAGUCAUGCCGGUUUUAAUGAGGAGAACUUGUGUUACUGCACCUUCGAUCUGUUCGUGGCUGGAACUGAAACUACAUCUACUACGCUGUAUUGGGGUUUGUUGUACAUGAUCAAAUAUACAGACAUACAAGAGAAGGUGCAAGCUGAGAUAGACAGUGUGGUUGGACGGUCACGUCAGCCCAGCAUGGCAGACAGGCCGAACAUGCCGUACACUGACGCUGUCAUCCAUGAGAUACAGAGGAUGGGCAACAUUGUACCACUGAAUGUUGUACGUUUAACCAUUAAAGACACGGAGCUGGGAGGAUACAAAAUUCCAAAGGGAACGACGCUGCUGGGGACAUUAGACUCUGUGCUCUUUGAUGAGACUGAAUGGGAGACUCCCUUCACCUUCAAUCCUGGACAUUUCCUGGAUGCAGAGGGGAAGUUCAGGAGGAAAGAUGCCUUCCUGCCCUUUUCAGCUGGGAAGAGAGUGUGCCUGGGGGAGCAGCUGGCUCGGAUGGAGCUCUUCCUGUUCUUCACCUCCCUUCUCCAGCGCUUCACCUUCUCUACACCCCCUGGAAUGGAGCCCAGUCUGGAGUUCAAACUGGGAAUCACACUCUGCCCAAAACCCUACAAAUUGUGUGCCACCCCCCCAAUGACCGCGGCCUCUGUGCUCUGCUUUUUUCAAUGGCUCGGCCUCAGAAGUGUUUUGACGUUUCUCGUUGUGUUUUUAACAUUAGGUGCCAUAAUUAAACAGAAAGCCCCUAAAAAUUACCCCCCCGGACCCUGGUCGAUACCUUUUGUCGGCGAUUUAUUUCGCAUCGAUUUAUCAAAAAUCCACCUUCAGUUUGCCGAGUUGGCCAAGAAAUAUGGAAACAUUUUCAGUCUUCGUUUGGGACAAAACAUCGUUGUUGUGAACGGUUUUAAACUUGUGAAAGAAGCCCUAGUUGAACACGGGGAAAACUUUGCAGAUCGUCCAGUGAUGCCACUAUUUGACGAUAUCGGGCAAACGAGAGGUCUGGUGGGAUCCAAUGGCUACCUGUGGAAACAACAAAGGAGGUUUGCUCUCUCAACCCUGAAGAACUUUGGACUGGGCAAAAAGAACCUUGAGCAGUCCAUUCAGGUGGAGAGCACGUUACUGAAUGAGGUCAUAACCAAUACACAAGGCCAACCAUUUGACCCUCAGUUCAUCGUGAACAAUGCCGUCUCCAACAUCAUCUGCUGCCUGGUGUUCGGGGAUCGCUUUGACUACAGUGACAGCAACUUCCAAACUCUGCUGAAGCUGAUCAAUGAAGCUGUCUCUUCAAGUGGAAGCAUUUGGGCUCAGAUAUAUAAUAUGUUCCCCUGGUUGAUGCGGAGAAUCCCUGGUCCCCACAAGAAGAUAGUGUCACGCUUUGAAACUGUGGUCUCGUUUGUCCGGCUGAAAAUUAAGGAGCACCAGGAAGACUGGGACCCCUCAUCUCCUAGAGACUAUAUAGACAGCUUCCUGUCGGAGAUGGAAAAGUGGAAAGAUGAUGUUGAUGCUGGUUUUAAUGAGGAGAGCUUGUGUUACUGCACCUUCGAUCUGUUCCUGGCUGGAACUGAAACUACAUCUACAACUCUGUACUGGGGCUUGUUGUACAUGAUCAAAUAUCCAGACAUACAAGAGAAGGUGCAGGCUGAGAUAGACAGUGUGGUUGGACGGUCACGUCAGCCCAGCAUAGCAGACAGGCCGAACAUGCCGUACACUGACGCUGUCAUCCAUGAGAUACAGAGGAUGGGCAACAUUAUACCACUGAACGUUGUACGUUUUACUACGAAAGACACCGAGCUGGGUGGAUACACAAUUCCAAAGGGGACGACGCUGAUGGGAACAUUAGACUCUGUGCUCUUUGAUGAGACUGAAUGGGAGACUCCCUUCACCUUCAAUCCUGGACAUUUCCUGGAUGCAGAGGGGAAGUUCAGGAGGAGAGAUGCCUUCCUGCCCUUUUCAGCUGGGAAGAGAGUGUGUCUGGGGGAGCAGCUGGCUCGGAUGGAGCUCUUCCUGUUCUUCACCUCCCUUCUCCAGCACUUCACCUUCUCUCCACCACCUGGGAUGGAACCCAGUCUGGAGUUCAAAAUUGGGGGCACCCACAGCCCCAAACCCUAUAAGCUGUGUGCCACCCCCCGCUGAGUUAUUUGUUGGAAAUAAGUCACUGUCAGUUAAAGUUUAUUCAUUUCAUGUAUUUGUUAAUUCUGAGAACAGCUGAUAGCAUGAUUGGAUGUGUGUGUGCCCUAUAAUGGACUGGCAUCCUAUACAGGGAAUCUCCCGCCUCCUGCCCUGUGUUUACUCGGUUCCAAGCCCCCCCCAAUUACCCUAUACUGGAUAUGUGGAAACAUAUCAAACACUCUCCUACAUUAGUAACAUCUGGAUACUUCUGAAAAAAAACGUCACAUGCAGAAAUUAUAAGCUUGUCACGGCUUUAGCUACGAGGAAAAAAUUACGUCAUGCUGUUCUUCACAUUUAAAAAGGUUUUGAUCACUUAAGAAAUGACUGGGGAAAUUCCAUAAAAAUCAGUCAACGUGCAGAACUCUCUAAUGUAAAUGUGCGGGAUUGUAUAUGCCCUGCAAACACAACAAAACACUUCAUACUGUAUCUGCUAAGUAAUAACGAAAGAUACAAUAAUUAAUAACUAUUACAGACAAAAAUAAUCUGAAAACCCAAGGGGUGUGCAUUGUUCCCUGUAGUCCACUGAUCAAAGCACACUUCACUAGAUGUGCCGGUCUUGAUUUAUAUAUAAGAGUAUGUACAGGUACUAAUAUAAACAGUCAGAGAAUGUGAAAUAUGAUACAAUGGUAGUAAACGUAACUGCGGUAGAUAUGAAUUAGAUGCGCGCUGCUCACCGGAAAGUAAUAUGACAAAUUUCUACUCAAGCGAAUCUAUACGAAUCUAUACACUUAACGCUGAACCGGUUGUACAGACACACUUCGAUCAUUGUUUAUUGCAUUCCACCUCCUUCUCCCCCCAAAACAAAACUCCGCCUCCCUGCCAAGCACCGCUGACCUGCUGCUCAAAUGACAGGAUGAACACGGAGCUUGUGCUCUUCAGAGAUCUUCAGUGUUCCCUUCGCCUGCAGUCCGAUUUCUCACAUAAGCAAUGACCGCGGCCUCUGUGCUCUGCUUUUUUCAAUGGCUCGGCCUCAGAAGUGCUUUGAUGUUUCUUGCUUUGUUUUUAAUACUGGGCGUCUUAAUAAAACAGAAAGCUACUAAAAACUCCCCCCCCGGACCCUGGUCGUUACCUUUGGUCGGUCUCGGGACUCACAGAUAUUCAGAGACAUGUGGAUAGUUUACCAGUGUUUUUCAGCAGGAAAUAGUUAUUACUACAAAUUGUCACCCCCCCCCACAGAAACUGGAUCUGGCUAUAGUGGAAAAAUCUUUGUUUUUUAUUAUUUGUGAGAACUUGAAAGCCCUUAAAUUGCUUUCAGCAAAGUAAACAAAACUUGGAAAAAAUAUAUGCUCAUUCACCAGCAGUUUCUAAUCUGGGGUCUAAAGUGGUCAGGCUUGCAAGUGUAUUUGGUUAUUUGUCUAUCCUACCCUGUUGCAGGGUAUAUUUCCUGUAUAUUUUGCAUGUAAAAAUGUUGUUUGUUAUGUCAGUGCUUAAUAUUAUCAUGUAGUCUUCAUGAACUUUGUUUUAACCCGACUUAAUGGCUUUCUUCAUCUUGGCCAGGGACUGCAUUUGAAAAGUAGGCACUUGACUAAAAUUGGCACAUUCUCAGAAAUGCCAGCAACAAUACUGAUAAUGAACACCCCUCUAACUGACUCUCAGUUGGUUUAGAAAAAAGACUUUUAAGAGAAAAGAAAGCCUUCCUUUGGUUUUGCAUUUUUAUCUUUUUUGUUAGCUGUGCACAACAUAUCAGAAGAAUACAUUACAAUUAAAUUAGUUAAGAAAUAACAGAUUGCGUAUAUACAAUAUUAAGGUGAUAACAACAACCCUCACUGUCUCUAGGUGCUGGUUCAGACAGGGCAUUCUGCAGCAGGGACACCACCCGUCGUGCAGCAUCCUGCAAAUCUCCCUAUCACAACAGCCCACACAACAGAAUAACAUUAGUGUAUGAUUCAGUCGGGCUAGUCCAGGUCUGGAAAGUAGUUGGGCCAGAUUUUCAAACCAAGACAUUUAGCUGGGCCAGACAUUUUCAGCGGCCCAGUAAGCAGCAGGUAAUGGCAUUUUAAACAAACACAAAUCCAUCCAUUUUCCAAACUGCCUAUCCUACUGGGUCGCGGGGGGUCCGGAGCCCAUCCCGGAAGCAAUGGGCACGAGGCAGGGAACAACCCAGGAUGGGGGGCCAGCCCAUCGCAGGGCACACUCACACACCUACGGGCAAUUUAGCAACUCCAAUUAGCCUCAGCAUGUUUUUGGACUGUGGGGGGAAACCGGAGUACCCGGAGGAAACCCCACGACGACAUGGGGAGAACAUGCAAACUCCGCACACAUGCGACCCAGGCGGAGACUCGAACCCGGGUCCCAGAGGUGUGAGGCAACAGUGCUAACCACUGCACCACCAUGCCGCCCCCUGUAUGCUAUUUCAUUGUAUAAAAAGAAACUUACUGUACUGUACAAUAAAGUAUUUCACCACUG